CUGCCAUCUUUGUAAAUUAAAAUAUUUUCAUGAAUUACAUCCUAUGAAAGAAGCAAGAAGCAAAGCAAUCAUGGUAAAUCAUUAUUAGAACAGUUUUUAAUUUUAUUCCUCUUUUUUACCAACAAAAAAAUACACAAGAAUAAACUUGAAGUGCGUGAAAAUAUUGCAACGGUAUUGUCAUGUGUCGUGAUUCUCUCUUGUUUCUCUAAUUUCGUGAAAUUCUAUUUUCCCUCUAAUAAAAUUGUGUUUGAUCCUGCGUGUUAAAAGGUUAGUCGUAAAUUUUAAGGCAUAUACAAUGCACAAACACACAACAGUGAAAGUCCGUUAGGUAUUGAUGUAUAGUUAUAGAAUUUGCACAAGCGAAGGUUGCAUUUUUUCCUGUAGAUUCCUUCUCUAAAAAUCAAACUCUUUGAUUUUAUCCAUUUUAUCGGAAUCACAGCUUCACUUUUAAUGUCUUUCUCGCAUUGUAAAACGAAGAGGAAGUGGGAAUUUGUGAAAUUUUGAAGAGAAAAAAAGCACGCAAAUCGUCAACGAUCGAUGCUUGAAGACGUGAAGCGAGAGAUGUUCACGACGAAUCCUUGGUGGCAUGUCGCAUUCUCAGUAGUAAUGAAUUUUUUUACACUGUGUUUAUGAUCUAAAGCCAACAAUCAAUUGGACGGAUUACAAAUAAUGCGAUAACAUCCACCAGUUUUUAGCGGACCUAUCAGUAAGUAACUGAUUAAACGACAAUGGCGGCAGACGACGAAGGAACGGAAUGGCUACAAGAGCUCUUACGUGAUGUACAGCUUGGCCAAUUUUUCACCAGGAUUCGCGAUGAUCUACAAGUAACGCGUCUGCAUCAUUUCGACUAUGUGCAACCGGAGGAUUUGGAGAAAAUUGGUUUGGGAAAACCUGGCGUCAGACGAUUAUUGGAUGCUGUGAAAAAGAAACGCGCUGCCCAGUGGAAGAAGACGUUAAUUACUAAAAUUAAACCUGGAAGUAGUGCUAAAAAUAAUAAGAGAAACUUUCAACCUGCCGAAACAACUUCUGUGUUAACAUGCCUCAUUCAGGACAAGGAUGUGACUUUAUCGAUUAAAUUGGGCGACGGAAGUUUUGGAGUGGUCAGACGAGGCGAAUGGACAUCACCCUCGGGGCGAACGUUACCGGUAGCUGUUAAAGUUUUAAAGGCAGAUGCUCUCACACAGCCAAAUGUUAUUGAGGACUUUGUCUCUGAAGUGCAGUCGAUGCACAAUUUAGAUCAUCAAAAUCUUAUUAGAUUGUAUGGAGUUGUUUUAUCCCAACCAAUGAUGAUGGUAACUGAACUGGCACCAUUGGGAGCCUUACUGGAUUACCUACGUAAGCAGUGUAGUCACAUUUCAGUCAAUACUCUUUGUAAUUACGCCCUGCAAGUCGCUACUGGAAUGGCGUAUCUCGAAGCAAAACGCUUUCUUCAUCGAGACUUAGCUUGCAGAAACGUUUUACUCAGUUCAGUCGAUAAAGUAAAAAUAGGAGAUUUCGGCUUGAUGAGGGCUCUACCCCAACAAGAAGACUGUUACGUUAUGACAGAGCACAAGAAAGUUCCAUUUCCAUGGUGCGCGCCUGAGUCGUUGAAAGCCCGGCAAUUUAGUCACGCUUCGGAUGUCUGGAUGUUUGGAGUGACUCUCUGGGAGAUGUUGACAUUUGGCGAAGAGCCUUGGGUCGGACUGAAUGGAUCGGAAAUCCUGCGAAAAAUCGAUCGCGAAGGUGAGAGACUUUAUGAACCCGAAGCGAGUCCUCCGUCGAUGUAUCAAUUGAUGUUGCGCUGUUGGGCACGCGAUCCACUCGAGAGGCCGAGUUUUGCGUCUCUGAGGGAAUCGUUAACCGGAAUGGUUCCAUCGAUAAUGAAGGCUUUGAAUCGAUUUGAGGAACCUGAUAAAAUGUCCAUUGAGACGGGUGAUCAUAUUGUGAUAAUAGAUGGCAGACCGGAGAACUAUUGGUGGAAGGGACAGAAUCAAAGGACGUUUACUGUUGGCUUCUUCCCGAGGUGUUUGGUCGAUCCAAUGAGGCGCAAACAGCCGGAAGAUAUUAGCAAACCUUUGGAGAAUUCCUUUAUUCAUACUGGACAUGGAGCGCCUUUCGGAAAGAGUUGGGGAAGUCCGAUUUUCAUUGACGAUGUUUACUUGAGGAAUCCGAUGGAGCCGCCUGAUGUCGUUGGUACAACCGCGAUAGACCCUUCGAAGAAGAAGUUCGCCACAGGCACGCCGCGCUCCCGUAAGCAAUUUAAUUAUACCAAGUUUCAAAAUGAUCUUAGAUCUAGUCCAAUAAAGACGGCUUCAGUUCCCCAACCCAGCACUAGUCAAGAAGGAAGCCUAAUAGAUCUUUCGCCGGAGGAACUCGCGAACGCUGUUGCGCUCACUUGUCCAUCGGACACGGCUUGUCGAAGGGUGGUCAAUAUUCUCGAUGAACCGAUUGAUGUUGAAAGGGGGUCACAAAAUUGCUGGCAAGAUGACGAUCCAACUUAUGUGAAUGUUGCCGAGAAUGGAGGACAUCAGGAUUCUCAACCCGAUCCUUUUGAUACUUCGAGAGUUUUUGCCAAUUCGACCCAAUCUCGAUACUAUAGUGACGUGACGCCGGAUAUUGCUAGUCAUUAUCUUAAAAGUUCACAGCAGCAGCAGUAUGGUAACGUUCGGACUGAGGAAGCAGCAGGAUCGAGUAGUUCUUACCAGUACAACGGAGACAUUAAUCAGCUAAAUUUAAACAAAGACAUUAGGAGUGACAGUAUGAAUCUUAAUGUCAAUGUCGACAACGAAGGAAGCGAAUACAACGGGGAACAUUACAGCGAAAUCGACAAGGUCAGUCCUGCAUCGACAACUUGGCCGGAAGACUUGGAGGGUAGUGGUCAAACCUACGUAAACGUGUCAACCAUCCCGGUUGUAGCAGGACCACCGCCUUUGCCUCCACCAGUGGGUCCGAACGAAAGUCCGCCGAAGCCUAAGUCCAACGUCGAUUUGGCCCAAAGUAUGAAGGAGUUGACGAUCGACACCAAAUCGCAAACCUCCCCUAAAAAACUCGACCCAGCUUUCCUUGCCGAACUGGAAAAGCACCUAGGAGAGAAGGAAGCGUCGAAGAAUACAAAUGCUGCCCUACAACAUCAGCAACAAUCCGCCGUCUGUUUACCGUUCACAAGUGCUCACAAACCUGCCGACAAUUCGACUAUUCCAGUCCUGCGACCGCCUCCGCCAAAAUCAAAGUCGCCCCACGACCCUCGAGCAGUAGUGAACAUCACGAACAAGGUUCAAAACUCCUGGCAAUCGAAAAGCACCAACAUUCAGCGACCGCGAAGUCAAUUGGGCCAAGCGCCCAGCCAAAUGCUCGAAAGCACCACCGACGCAAUCGUCAGUCAAAUGUGGCAGACCCAGACCAGCAUUCAACAAACUAUGCAAAUCUCCUUUCAAAGUAGUUCCAAUCUUCUACAAAUCGCCCCUAGUAACUUAACCCAAGCUCCAAGCAAUAUCCAAACCGAUCAAAGUUUAUUAGCGCAAAAUCAAAAUUACUUCCAACAACAAACAUUUACAAUGCCAGUGCCAAAUCCAACAAUUAGUCAAAACGUAAUUCAGGUGCAAAACGACCUCCAGCAUUCCUCACCCAGAGGAAAUUCCCUCCCCAGAUCCGUCUCCCAAUCCGGUGCUAUGCUAUCGGAGCAAGUUUACGCCGAACUGAAACAAACGGUGCCAAAUUUGGAACAAUUAUCCCAAAGCGAAUUCAAUACUCUUUACAACAAAACCGUACAGCAGAAUAUCCUACGCAACUAUCAAUCCAACAACGGAGCGUCGUGCAAUAAUUGUGUAUCAAGUACAAAUUACAAUUGCCAACAGCAAAUGACAAUGGCUAUUGGAAACAGUCUGCAAUCAAACGUUCGCCAGGGAAAUACCCUCCCGAGAUCUUUCAAGCAGGAGAAUCCUGCGAAUCCUUACGAUUUCAGUCCGAGUUUAAAGCAACCACCGGUUUAUAAUCCUCCGCCCGCCUGGUCACCAUUAAAACCGGUUCAGAACGGAACUGUCGCGAAUCAAAGUACGAAAUCAAAUACAAACGUGACGGGGAAUCAAGCGGGGAGUUCGAAUUUAAUACAGUUCACACCGACCAGAGUGUCGCAACCCUCUACCUCUCAGCCCUCUGCGACUGCUCGGAGUCUAUUACCUCAAUUGAAUGAGACGACGAUUAAUACACAAUUGGUACCUUCUUCUUCGGCUUACCCUUCGGGAGUUAGUCCGCCUUUGAGUGGAGCGUCGAAGCAAUUGGUGAUGUCAUUGAAUGAUGAGUUUAGAGCCAGUAAAGUUAUGAAAGUUCAAAGAGAAGUUACCGACGCUUCUCAGCAGGAGGUUCUUACUGCUCUUCAAGCCACUGGAUGGGACACAGCUCAAGCCGCCAAACAAAUUAGUAAAGAUAGACAAGCGAAGGUCGAGUCUCUUUUGCGAUUGGCACUGGCAGAUAGGCAGCAAUGCGAAUCUGCACUGAAGCAGACUGAAUAUGAUGUAGAAUUAGCAGCUUCUCUUCUAUUGGACCGCGCGAGGUAAAGAUUAAUUUCCAAACAUCAACAAGUAACUCCAAGUACCGAAGUUGAUGAAAAACUAUUCAAAGCUCUGGUUGUAAGUAUUUAAAUAACAAAUUUAAGUUGUUUUCAAGUGUAUUUUAUCAGAUAAAAAUGAAAAUUGCGUAGACAAUUUCAAAAGAAAUUAAAAAAGCCUUUAUUAAAAUAUUAUACACAAGCGACCAAAAAGAUGAAAAAAAUGCUUUUAAAGCUUAGGAACGUUUUAAUUUUAGAACAAACAACAGUUUUAUUAAUCGGAGUAAAAUUAAAAAAAACUAACGUAAAGAAACGAGUUCAUAAAUAAAACAUAGUUAGGUAAAGAAUUAAAGUAUUACUACUUUCACUCUUACUGAAGAAUAAUAAGAAAGCUCAGAAUUAUGAAAAAUUUCAAUUAGUAUUUAUAUUGAAAAUUAAAGGCUUGUAUUUAAAUUAGCUUAAUUUUUUAAGCUGAGAGUAAAAAAUGAUAUUUAUUAGUUUUUACUCUUGACGAGUAUUUUUAUUAUAAAUGACUGAAGUGUAUUUAGUAAAUGAAAAAAUUUGUUGGGAUAUCCGUUAUUUUUCUCUACGACGAUGAGUCUCUCUAUGAAAACAUAUUUCUUUUAAUUUUAUGUUUUUUGGAAGCUUUUGGGAUUUUAAAAAUUUUGAAGUUUGUUGUUUUACUAUUUAUUUUUGAAUAUUUUUUCUGUUUCAUUGUUAAAUAUAGCAUUGCAUUUAAUUUUUAAAUUUAAAUGACAAGCCAUUAACAAAAAGACAAAUCUAUUUUUUUGCUUUUUAUAGAAUUUUUUUUAUUGUUUCAAUAAAAGUUUUGAAAAGAGAUUAAUUUUAUUUCUUGAUUUUGAGUAAAUUCUUUAAAAGUUUGUUUCAAUUUUGAUUUUAAAAAAGCAUUAAAAUGGGUUAUGGUCUUUAAAAAAAAUUCGUAUCAACAGACUAGAUCACAGGGUGUUUUUAAAGAGUUUAAGGGGGAUGAAAAACCAUCUGAAGAAUGAAUGUAAUCAACUGACAGGAUAUGUGCGCCAGUGAUUAAAAAUUUUUGACGUCAAAGAUUGGGAAUCUAAUACUGUGAUAUAUGCUAUACUAAAGGCACUAGGCGCUUAUAUCGAGAGACAAAUUAGUGCUUUGAUCUUUCGUGUGGUAAAUGUAAUUAAGAAAAUGCGUACGUGUACAGUGGCAAACGGUAAAUGUGUCUUGAAAUCAGAUUAUUUCCGUGGCAUGUAAAUAGAACAAAAGUCUAGCAUAAUAUUUAAAAGUAAAAAGAAGGAAGUUAAUAAUACUCUGUACAUUAAUUGUGCGCUUCUAAGAGGUGUAUAGAUAAAUCUGUCAAGAUAAUAAAUUAAGUCGUCCAGUGUGUUAGCGAUUAAAAUAUUGUUCAUGUUUUCAAUUCGCGAGUAAAAAAGGGAGAAAAUUUGUUUCUCCUCAAAUUUACUUGUCUUUAGUUUAAGUUCUUAAAUUCAGGUGAAGAUUCUAAUUAUUAGCAAAAAACAUUUUUUUACAAAUUAAUAUUCUGAAUUUCAGUAAAAAAAACAGUUCGACGCCUCCUAUUGAUAACAUGUUAACCCAUUUAUCAAUAAAAUAUAAUUUUAACUCAGAGUUCAGUGCUUGUUUCUUUAAUACGAUUAGAAUUGGAUGAUCAAAAUAAUGGCUAACUCAAAAUUACGUUUAAUGUAAUUCCUUUCCAAAUCUCAAACAAAUAUUCUUAUUCAAGUCGUUCAAUAUAUUAAACAAACGAGAAAUAAUAACUAAAAUUUUAAUUUAAUUAAAAAAAAGAAUUAAAAUUAUAAUUCAAUCUAAUUGUGAUAAAUUUCAACUGGAAAUUUAGUUUCAAUUUCUAAUUACAAUUUAUCAAUAUAAAAAUAAUUGAAAAAAUGAAAAGAACAUUCGAUUCUGUUAGUUAAAGUUAAACUUUUGAUUCCCGGGGCCCGAUACACUUGAUUUUGUUCUUUGUCGUGAUUGCUGGACACCAAUCUUUGCGCCACUGCAUCAGCAUUUUCUACAUUGUGCGUGUCAUAUUUGUCCUAUCCUGAUAGCAAUGCUAUCUCUGCGACAUUGUUCCAGCUUCAGAUAGUAAUGCUGAGUAAUGUUUCACCUAUCACGGAACUUUAUUUGGAAUUAAUGUUUUCUGGGCUACUCAUUUAUUUAGACUAAUUGUAAGACUUAGUCGCCUUCAUUGUCUAAAAUAUUCCCCACUUUUCAUUAUUUAAGUAACUAAUUCAGACAAAGUUACUCUUAGAACUGUAACAAUUUUUUGCUACAUACCUCUGAUAGCACCUCUCACAAGAGUCACUCCAUUUAAUUAAUUGUACCUUGGUGCUCCAAAUAUCGAUUGAAAUCUUUCGAUAUUAAGAAAAACGCACAUCUUAAACCACAUAGUCGCGCAAACUGAGCACCAUGGUAUUCACGAAAACAAAGUCGACAGAAAGCUCUCUUCUUCUCCCCAACCGUAGUUUGAGUAUCAACGCCUGAGUUUGUAACUUUCAACCCAUGUCUAUGAUUGUACACAGAGACAACAGUAUCAGCAAUCAAAUUCAUCUCUUUUCCCUUCAUAAAAUAGAAAAUGGCACAAGGAUGAAAUUCUAAAUGCCCACUAGUAACCUCCAUUCCACAUGAAGUUACCCAACGAUCUCCAAUCACUCUUAAAGGUUUCACAUCCGACGAAAUUAAAGCACUAUGUAGUCCCAACAAACAUGGACGGAUUAAUCGUUCAAAAUAUUCAUCACUAAAAUAUGCAAUUUCCGGACACAUCACUAACUUUAAUCACUUUCCUAAUUGUGUCUUAACUCCAAAAAUUUCACCAUGUCUGAAAAUUACUUGUUGAAUCUGAUGACUAAUAAUCUGAAAAUAAUCAUCGGUUUCCAAAUAUAACUGAUACUUGUACAUCCAUUCACAUACACAUCUCAGAAUCUCAGACAGUUUAAUCGCAGGAGACAUCUCUUCGAAACAUAAAACAUUGACUAUCUUCCACAACUCCCCAACCAUUGGACAGUCAAUAUGUGGGAAGGAAUGGACCAAACCAAUUAGCCGAGUGUCUAUCUUCAAAAACACUUUAUACCAAGUAAUUGCGAACGCUCCUAAUGCUCGAACUCCAAAACAUGUUCUAAGAGCACGAUCAAAAAUUACACUAACAUUUUUGACAUCCUCUCCAUCUAAAUGUAAAUAUACGAAUCGAAUAUUGGCAAUCUUUAUAAUUGUUAUUUCUCUUAAAACCGUAACAAUUUUUUGCUACCUGAUUACCUGAACUAUUCGAUAAAUUGAUUUGAUCUUGUCGUGAUUACGAGUCACCAAUCUUCGCGCCAUUGCGUCAGCAUUUUCUACAUUGUGCGUGUCAUAUUUGGCCUAUCCUGAUAGCAAUGCUAUCUCCGCGACAUUGUUCCAGCUUCCUAUAGUAAUGCUAGGUAUUGUUUUACCUAACACGAAACUUUAUUUGGAAUUAAUGUCCUCUGGGCUACUCAUUUAUUUAGACUAACUAUAAUACUUAGUCGCUUUCAUUAUUAUGCCUCCAUUUGGAGGGUUAACGAAUCUCCUUCGAGUUUGAGUAGUAUUGUCUCAUCUGAUUCCAUACAUUGCCCAUGCUUUAAAAAUAUAUAAGUAAUUGAAAUAUUUUAUGCAUAUAUCAGAUUUCGUUACCCACCAAUUGUCGUAAAUUAGUUCGUAAUUGCAAUAAGGUCGACUAUCGCCUGUGUACAUCCUGAAACCAGUGUCAAAAGCAAACUUGUUCUUCUUGUAUGGUUUUAAAAACUGUCUCUCAAAAUCUCUAUACGUCAUGUUUUGGCAAGUCAUUAAAUGCGGUGCAUCAUGUUUAAUCGCAACUCCAUUUUCAAGUCCAAGGUCGUAUGAAUGUCCGUCAAUGCCGGUUACUGAUAUUUUAGAACGAGCCGCUAGAACGGAGUGUACCCAAACAAGGUACAGUACGCAAGAGCCCCUCUAGCAAUCAUAUAUUGUCGAUUUUUUAACAGCCAUCCGUACACGCAUAAUGCUACGGCUCCGGCGAGGGUGUAAGUCAAUGACUUUACUCCAAAUAAAAAAACCCCCGCUCCAACUAAUAAAAAAAUUUUUGAUGUAUGAAGACUCAAAAAACCGACAACAGCAACGAUCAUCCACAUCUUUGUCUUCCAGUCAUCCGUCCAUUUGCUCGGAUCGAUUGAAAAACCAUGAUAGCAAUGCUAUCUCCGCGACAUUGUUCCAGCUUCCUAUAGUAAUGCUAGGUAUUGUUUUACCUAACACGAAACUUUAUUUGGAAUUAAUGUCCUAUGGGCUACUCAUUUAUUUAGACUAAUUGUAAAACUUAGUCGCCUUCAUUAUUAAAAAUAUCUCCUACUCUUCCUCAUUUGAAGAAGCUCCAGACUGUAAGCUCGCAAUACGUAAGGGGGAGUACCCGAUCCUCCCACACAUCAGACUAGUGGUUUUUAAUUCAUAAAUGCCAUCGGGUUCAGACGCUGGAGUCGUGGUCCCAGAAAAUAACCCAACAAGUCUUCGUUUAGCUUCUCAUUUGCAGGAAAAGCUGUGACUGGUAGUGGAUUGUAGUUGUCGUAUAACUGUCGUUAUGUGCGAUCUAGUGUCGUAUACAUAACUAACGGGCUGAUGUUGACUUCGUCGGCGUUGUACAUCGCAGCAGUUAUCCGCCCAAAACUUUCAAACGCGACAGCUGGAAUGUCAACAGCCGGUUGCAGAGCUGGUUGCGGAAUGAUAGCAUCACAAAAGUUCGGCUUCACAAUCGAACCGUCGUGUCCAAUAUACUCGGCUAUUGGUAAUGGAAUGGUCAAAUCCGGUGGUCAAGACACGUAAUCGGGUCGUCUUGUUCGGUGAAUCGCGGUUCAUCAUUUUCUUCGCGAACCUUGUGAAUGAUGACAGUCUGUAAGGCAAUAUUACAGUCAUGGAUAAACGCAGAACGGGACAAAGUCGAUGCAAAUUUGUUGUCUAUACUCCCAUGUUCAUCAUAGAUGGAACUGACUAGAGGCGAGAGCUGUGACAUUUCAAGAUUCCGUUCAUAAAAUGCAUUUUCAGGAACUGAUCCCAUGUAAGGGCCACGACUAUAGAGGGAAGUAUCCAGCGCAAGUGUCUCACGCUUGGAUCAAAACCUUGACAGGUCAUCCUCUGUCAUGUCUUGUACCUUGGUGCUCCAAAUAUCUAUGGAAAUCUUUCGAUAUUAACCUCGAUGUAAUUGUUAUCAUAGAAAUUUUUUUCACAACUAAAAUAUAUUAAAAUAUAUAUAUUCACAACUAAAAAUAUUUUUUCACAACUACCGUCUUGACACCAUUUGCUUUUUUCAAAAAAUCUCCUUCCUCCACACGAAUACUAUACAUUUUACUUCGUAGGCCAACAAAUUCUGUUAUUAUUCGUCCAUUACACUCAUCUUUCAUGAGUCCUAAGACUUUUUUGUUAGCUUGCAGAAUUUCAUAUAUACUAUUAGCAGGAUAAUCAGAUGUAUCAAAUUUACAAAUAUCUGCUUUCACUUCAGAGUAGAUAUCUGUACAUUUAAUUUUAUAAAUAAGGCUGUCGGUAUCAGUGUAGAGUGAUUUACCAUUUUUACCAUACUUGAUUCUCAUAUACUUAUAAUGAAAAUCAUACAUCAUGUUUUAGAUAUAUCUAAAACGCUAAGUCCAAUAUAGAUGUGUUUAUUCAUAAGCACUUCACUUUUGUUAAGCUCCACAGCAACCAAGUUUUUUUUGAAAAUAGCUCGUGUGUGAAAGUUUGGUUUUGAAAUAAGAGCCUCUGCUCCAUACCUACCCUCCCAUUUUGUUACAAGUCUAACAUCGACACGUUUUCGUACAUUCUCCAUUGUCUUACCAUAAUUGCAUUGUUUAUAAGUUUGGAAAAGAUUUUUUUCAAAUUCAUUUUUUGCAUUUGUUCGCAUGUCGGUAUUAAAAUCAAUAUAACGCUUCAACCAUGUAGAUUGUUUAAAUUUUAAAACUUCGUGAAUUUGAGUGGGUUUAAGACCACUCUUUAUUGCUUGUUGAAGCGCACGAUAAUGGAAAAUAUACUUUUGUUUUGGUAGGAGCGUAGUGAGCAAUUUCUCUUGUUUUGAUCUAGGUGGCUUUGAGUGUUCUGGACAAAAUGGUAAGUCACUAUGACUUUCAUGUAGAUCAUGUGGAUACUCUAAAUCAACUUCUAAUAUAUAACCAAAAUCUGAAUCAUUAUUGAUAUUAAAGUUAAAAGACUUAUCUACAUCUUUUACCCACUCAAAAUCACCAUAGGGAAGUGCUUGAAUCAUAGCCCAACCAUAAAGGUUAUUAGCAUCCAAAUAUACAAUGUAAGAUGGAUCUUCAUUUUCAUUAUAAUUUUUCAUGUACGGAUUAUUGGCAUGAGCAUAUCUGUUUGAACAUUGACUAAUCCCCCCUCUAAUAUUAGCAUCCAAAUAUAAAAUGUAAGAUGGAUCUUCACUUUCAUUAUAAUUUUUCAUGUACGGGUUAUUGGCAUGAGCAUAUCUGUUUGAACAUUGACUAAUCCCCCCUCUAAUAUUAGCAUCCAAAUAUACAAUGUAAGACGGAUUUUCAUUUUCAUUAUAAUUUUUCAUGUACGGAUUAUUGGUAUGAGCAUAUCUGUUUGAACAUUGACUAAUCCCCCCUCUAAUAUUUUCAAAAAGUCUUCUUCCUCCACACGAAUACUAUACAUUUUACUUCGUAAGCCAACAACUUCUGUUAUUAUUUGUCCCUUACACUCAUCUUUCAUGAGUCCUAAGACUUUUUUGUUAGCUUACGGAAUUUCAUAUAUACUAUUAACAGGAUAAUCAGAUGUAUCAAAUUUACAAAUAUCUGCUUCACAUCAGAGUAGAUAUCUGUACAUUUAAUUUUAUAAAUAAGGCUGUCGGUAUCAGUGUAGAGUAAUUUACUAUUUUUACCAUACUUGAUUCUCAUAUACUUAUAAUGAAAAUCAUACAUCAUGUUUUAGAUAUAUCCAAAACGCUAAGUCCAAUAUAGAUGUGUUUAUUCAUAAGCACUUUAGUUUUGUUAUGCUCCACAGCAACCAAGUUUUUUUUGAAAAUAGCUCGUGUGUGAAAGUUUGGUUUUGAAUUAAGAGCCUCUGCUCCAUACCUACCCUCCCAUUUUGUUACAAGUCUAACAUCAACACGUUUUUGUACAUUCUCCAUUGUACAUUCUCUUGUUUUGAUCUAGGUGGCUUUGAGUGUUUUGGACAAAAUGGUAAGUCACUAUGACUUUCAUGUAGAUCAUGUGGAUACUCUAAAUCAACUUCUAAUAUAUAACCAAAAUCUGAAUCAUUAGUGAUAUUAAAGUUAAAAGACUUAUCUACAUCUUUUACCCACUCAAAAUCACCAUAGGGAAGUGCUUGAAUUAUAGCCCAACCAUAAAGGUUAUUAGCAUCCAAAUAUACAAUGUAAGAUGGAUCUUCAUUUUCAUUAUAAUUUUUCAUGUACGGAUUUUUAGCAUGAGCAUAUCUGUUUGAACAUUGACUAAUCCCCCCUCUAAUAUUUUCAAAAAAUCUUCUUCCUCCACACGAAUACUAUACAUUCUACUUCGUAAGAUGACAAAUUCUGUUAUUAUUCGUCCAUAACACUCAUCUUUCAUGAGUCCUAAGACUUUUUUGUUAGUUUGCGGAAUUUCAUAUAUACUAUAAGCAGGAUAAUCAGAUGUAUCAGAUUUACAAAUAUCUGCUUUCACAUCAGUAUAGAUAUCUGUACAUUCAAUUUUAUAAAUAAGGCUGUCGGUAUCAGUGUAGAGUAAUUUACUAUUUUUACCAUACUUGAUUCUCAUAUACUUAUAAUGAAAAUCAUACAUCAUGUUUUAGAUAUAUCCAAAACGCUAAGUCCAAUAUAGAUGUGUUUAUUCAUAAGCACUUCAGUUUUGUUAAGCUCCACAGCAACCAACUUUUUUUUGAAAAUAGCUCGUGUGUAAAAGUUUGGUUUUGAAAUAAGAGCCUCUGCUCCAUACCUACCCUCCUAUUUUGUUACAAGUCUAACAUCAACACGUUUUCGUACAUUCUCCAUUGUCUUACCAUAAUUGCAUUGUUUAUAAGUUUGAAAAGAUUUUUUGCAUUUGUUCGCAUGUUGGUAUUAAAAUCAAUAUAACGCUUCAACUAUGUAGAUUGUUUAAAUUUUAAAACUUCGUGAAUUCGAGUGAGUUUAAGACCACUCUUUAUUGCUUGUUAAAGCGCACGAUAAUGGAAAAUAUACUUUUGUUUUGGUAGGAGCGUAGUGAGCAAUUUCUCUUGUUUUGAUCUAGGUGGCUUUGAGUGUUCUGGACAAAAUGGUAAGUCACUAUGACUUUCAUGUAGAUCAUGUGGAUACUCUAAAUCAACUUCUAAUAUAUAACCAAAAUCUGAAUCAUUAUUGAUAUUAAAGUUAAAAGACUUAUCUACAUCUUUUACCCACUCAAAAUCACCAUAGGGAAGUGCUUGAAUCAUAGCCCAACCAUAAAGGUUAUUAGCAUCCAAAUAUACAAUGUAAGAUAGAUCUUCAUUUUCAUUAUAAUUUUUCAUGUACGGAUUAUUGGCAUGAGCAUAUCUGUUUAAACAUUGACUAAUCCCCCCUCUAAUAUUAGCAUCCAAAUAUACAAUGUAAGAUAGAUCUUCAUUUUCAUUAUAAUUUUUCAUGUACGGAUUAUUAGCAUGAGCAUAUCUGUUUAAAGAUUGACUAAUCCCCCCUCUAAUACCACUUUUAACAAACAUAACCAUAUCAAUAUCUGUUAGAAGUUCCAACUCUACAACUGUAUAUUUUAACAUGGCAUCCCAACUAAGUCCAGGUGUUGUAUAAUAAUAAGCUGGAUCUAAACCAUAUGCAUCAUGGCAUUGGUCUCUGAAAUUCUCAAAAACAUCUGUGUGUAGUAAAAUAUCAGUUUUCAUAUACAAAUAUACAUACUCGUAGGGAUAUUGCCAAUUAAAAGUACAUUAAACCUUUUGUGCAUGAUGAUAAUCUUAACCGUUUACAUGAGAAUCAUGUAGGGUACUGUAAAAUUGUUCUUUUGCAGGUAGUUGUGUCUCGUUUAAUUUCGAUCUAUUGUCCAAGUACUCAUACGGAAACAUUCCUUUGCGUGUUAAUAACUGAAUCUUAUUAACAUCAUAAGACUCAAAUUCGGAAUGUACUAUUGAAUAAUUUGAUAAAUAUGAUGCCAAUUUGUCUAAAAAUGAUGCUAUGAAUCAAAGAAUUUUAAUUUUAUACCAUUUUCUGGGAAUUGUUUUGUGAAGCUAAUAUAUUUUUCUUUAGUAAUAGGAAGGAGAUCAAUUUUUCCUUCAAACUCAUUCGCAAUGGCUUCUAUUAUGAAGCCAUAAAACCACUCAAAUUAUGAAAAACAACAGGAAUAGUAUUCAAUUCCUGAUAGUUAAGAUUACAAUAUUGAUGAGCUACACCUCUAUAUUUACCAGUUAGGUGACAAUGGUCCCUAACCUUAGUCUCUCUCUGACUAAUCAAUUUUUUACAAAUGUGACAUUUAUUAAUUUUUUGAAAAAGAUACUCUUGCUUAGCACUUAAAACUUCCAUCGGAAUGAUAGUUUUAAAUAUAGGCUCAAGUCUCUGAGCAACUUGUUUCAAUUCAUGAGCAAACCAUUUUGAUGCAUCUUCUUCAUCAAUGGGGGAUGCUUUGUAUACAGAUUUUAUAUUAUUACAUCUUUGUUCAUUGAAUUUUAAAUAAUAUCCAAUGCUUAAAAGUUUAUGAUUUUGAAUAAUUUCUGUAUUACCUCCCACAGAUGAAGAAUCUGUUUUAUAUACUUCUUAUGUUCCUGUUGAGAUAACUGAGAGCUUACAAGUCGUGAUAAAUUUUUAAUCCAAACAUAGUGAUAUUUAGUUUGCGCUUUAUCCACCUCAUGAAUAUUAUAAUUAUCUUGCAUUAACAAAAGAUUAACAUGAGUUUCUUUUUUAUUUAAAGUCUGAUGUAAUGGAACUACGUUAAAUUUAUCAUCCUUCAUCUUUUAUAAUUAUUUUGUUGUUUUCCCUAAAUAGCAAAAGGUGGAUGUUUAUACCUAUAAUGACAAAUUAGAAUAUUAACUGUGGUUUGACUAAACUUUCUGUUUGGAAAUAAAUUUUCUGUAUAGCAGAGGACAAUUUUUAUGUCGGUAUAGUAGACAUAGUACAAAAAUUGUUAACAAUGUUAACCAAUUUGUCCAUCUUUCUCUUACCUUGUUGCUUCGGCCUGUAUAAGUAAAAGUCUUAGCUCAUCGUAUUUAAUAUUUUUACCUUUUGUAUUUUAUUUUCUCCGUGACAUUGUUCCACCUUCCGAUAGUGAUGCUUAGUACUGUUUCACCUAUCACGAAACUUCAUUUGGAAUUAAUGUCCUGUGGGUUACUGACUUGUAUAGACUAAUUGUAAAACUUAGUCGCCUUCAUUAUUAAAAAUAUUCACCACUCUUCAUGAUUUGAGUAACUAAUUCAGACUAAGUUUCUCUUAAAACCGUAACAAUUUUUUGCUACAUACCUCUGAUAGCACCUCUCACAAGAGUCACUCCAUUUAAUUAAUUGUACCUUGGUGCUCCAAAUAUCGAUUGAAAUCUUUCGAUAUUAAGAAAAACGCACAUCUUAAACCACAUAGUCGCGCAAACUGAGCACCAUGGUAUUCACGAAAACAAAGUCGACAGAAAGCUCUCUUCUUCUCCCCAACCGUAGUUUGAGUAUCAACGCCUGAGUUUGUAACUUUCAACCCAUGUCUAUGAUUGUACACAGAGACAACAGUAUCAGCAAUCAAAUUCAUCUCUUUUCCCUUCAUAAAAUAGAAAAUGGCACAAGGAUGAAAUUCUAAAUGCCCACUAGUAACCUCCAUUCCACAUGAAGUUACCCAACGAUCUCCAAUCACUCUUAAAGGUUUCACAUCCGACGAAAUUAAAGCACUAUGCAGUCCCAACAAACAUGGACGGAUAAAUCGUUCAAAAUAUUCAUCACUAAAAUAUGCAAUUUCCGGACACAUCACUAACUUUAAUCACUUUCCUAAUUGUGUAUUAACUCCAAAAAUUUCACCAUGUCUGAAAAUUACUUGUUGAAUCUGAUGACUAAUAAUCUGAAAAUAAUCAUCGGUUUCCAAAUAUAACUGAUACUUGUACAUCCAUUCACAUACACAUCUCAGAAUCUCAGACAGUUUAAUCGCAGGAGACAUCUCUUCGAAACAUAAAACAUUGACUAUCUUCCACAACUCCCCAACCAUUGGACAGUCAAUAUGUGGGAAGGAAUGGACCAAACCAAUUAGCCGAGUGUCUAUCUUUAAAAACACUUUAUACCAAGUAAUUGCGAACGCUCCUAAUGCUCGAACUCCAAAACAUGUUCUAAGAGCACGAUCAAAAAUUACACUAACAUUUUUGACAUCCUCUUCAUCUAAAUGUAAAUAUACAUAACAACGUAGUGAGUUUAAAAAAGAAGAACAUCCAAACUGAACAACUCUAAUCAAAUCAUUCGAACUCAAAGUUCCCUAAGCAAAAAAAAAGACUUAGUCGCCUUGAUUAUCAAAAAUAUUUCUCACUCUUCAUCUGAUCUUAACGACAACUUUUUACAAAUGUUAAGCGUCGUUCAUCACUAAAUUGAAUGUUGUAUAUAUUUGUUUCUCGAAAAUUAUUCCUUCUAGGUUAUCUAGUAAUUUUAGCGAAAACCUUUUUAUGAGUUAAUUGCGAUUCUAUAUACUAACGUGCGAUAUUAAAUUUUUAUUCAUCGCUACAUUGAAUAUCAUCAUAGAUGUCAUAAUCUUCAGAAGUUUUUACAAUAGUGAUGGACAUGUUGAAUUGAAUCGAAUAAUGGCAAUCUUUAUAAUUGUUAUUUCUCUUAAAACCGUAACAAUUUUUUGCUACCUGAUUACCUGAACUAUUCGAUAAAUUGACUUGAUCUUAUCGUGAUUACGAGUCACCAAUCUUCGCGCCAUUGCGUCAGCAUUUUCUACAUUGUGCGCGUUAUAUUUGGCCUAUCCUGAUAGCAAUGCUAUCUCCGCGACAUUGUUUCAGCUUCCUAUAGUAAUGCAAGGUAUUGUUUUACCUAACACGAAACUUUAUUUGGAAUUAAUGUCCUCUGGGCUACUCAUUUAUUUAGACUAACUGUAAUACUUAGUCGCCUUCAUUAUUAUCCCAGUAAUAAGGGGUGAAUUAAAGUGGAUUGGUACUUUUAUGCCCUUAAAUUCCAAACCAAUUCCGUUUUUGUCCGCAAUCUUAAUGAAUUCCUUUUCUAUUGUUAAAUUGAUAAUUUCUAUCCAAUUCAAUUCUCUGUAAUCACGUGACCAGAGUCUGAAUUCACUUUAAUGCCGUUUAAGGGAAUCAUUUGUUGUGGAGUUAAUGCCUUUGAAUUAACAUUGAAUUCUUUAAAGGGCAUUAAAGGGGUUUCAAAAUCUGGUCACGUGGUUAUACACGGAAAAGUUUUUGGGCGAGCAGACGUCUCUCACUCGCCUCCCACAGAAAAGGUUUUCUGCUUUCUCUCUAAAGAGAGCUCUGAUGCCCCACAAGAGAGCUCUGACGCCCCACAGUAGGAAAGCAGCAGUCUCUGUGGGUGAAAUGAGCUACCAAAAUGGGGCUGUCACUUUACCAUAGGUACUGGUCACUCAGCGCCACCACAACAGGUACAGCGACUCGCCCAAGAACUUUUCCGUGUAGAGAAUUGAAUUGGAUAGAAAUUAUCAAUUUAACAAUAGAAAAGGAAUUCAUUAAGAUUGCGGACAAAAACGGAAUUGGUUUGGAAUUUAAGAGCAUAAAAAUGCCAAUCCACUUUAAUUCACCCCUUAUUACUGGGAUGCCUCCAUUUAGAGGGUUAACGAAUCUCCUUCGAGUUUGAGUAGUAUUGUCUCAUCUGAUUCCAUACAUUGCCCAUGCUUUAAAAAUAAAUAAGUAAUUGAAAUGUUUUAUGUUUUUAUCAGUUGAUUCAAUAAAAAAAUUAAUUUUUGUCGUCGCCAUUCUGUGCGCAUGAUUAGAAAAUCUUAUCAUUGAAUAAUGAAAAAACAGAAGUAUUUAAAAAAGUUACUUAUGUCAAAUUGAUGACUCUCAAGAAUAUAUGAUUGAAAAUAAAGUAAAAAAAAUAAUUUAAAAUAAAUAUUCAAUAAAUUAAAUUUACCGAUUACUUACAUAGUAAAAAUUGACAACAAAUAAUAGAAGGUUGAACGUAAUUUUGAGUUAGCUAUAAAUAUUAUUUUAAAUACUGAAUUGGAAUCAUUAAGAAAACACCGAAGUAGCUUUAUGUUGCAUUGAGCUAGGAGUUGAAAUAAAUUGACACUUGAUUUAGCAUCUUAUCAUCGAGAGGCGUCGAGUUAUUUAAAUUUAAAAACUUUUCUUUUUUUUCAAAAGUAGCUAAUAGUUGGUUUCUUUAUUGUACCUUGAUUUUCUUAUUUAUUUUGUUAUUUUUAUUUAUUUUUUUAACUGUAUUAUUUUUAAAAAUUAGAAGAAAAAUGUAUACAUGAGACUGAUAGCUCGUGUCUUCCGUUGUUUAGAAAACAGCGCAACAAUAACAUUAUUUUAAAAGUCAAAUGUGCCAAAGGGCUUCUUGACUUUUUAUAACAAUUAUUUCCUGCUUUGAUGAUCAAUUAUAUUAAUUUUAUACUGUAUUGUUUGAAAUAAAAUUCAUCGUCCAAAGAAAAUCAAGGGAUAAAGUGAAAUUUAUAAAUAUUUUUCUUGCUUGGUAAGACAAUGGUUAUGUUAAUUUCUUUGUUUUAAAGAAUUCGAUCAUUUUUAGGUAUUUUGAAAUUUUUACAGUUUCAAUGACAAUAUUUCUAGUUAUGAAAAUAGUUUUCUUUAAAUAUAGUCUCGAGGACUAUAAUAAAAAUCGACAUACAGUUUGUAAACAUGAUUUUAGGAAUAAGGGAAAAACUAGCCAAAAUAUUUAAAUAAAAAUAAUGUUAAAUAUAUUAAAUAAUAAUAAUUAGAAAUAAUGACAAAUAUUGUUAAUAUGUGUUUAUUUGUCUUUAAAAAAGUGUAAAGUAAAAUAAAUGAAGUUAGUAAAAUUCUAAAGAAAAAUGGUCGGAAAUGCAUAAAUGGCUAUAAUUUUCUUAUUCCUGAUCGUGACGUUUAGUUGAUAAUAUCGGCGUAUGUUUUUAUAUGAUUUUAUUUGGAAAAAAGUUAAACAUUCAUUAAAGUUUGGUAGAUAAAGAAGUUGAUUAAUUUUAGAUAAAAAAAAAUGAUCAAAAUUUGUUAUGAAAGGGAUUUUCAUUUGAUGUAAAUUUCGAAUUUAAGUUAUUGAAUAUUUUACCUACGAUCUUGAAUUUAUAAUAUAGUGAAUUUUCGUUAGUUGAUCGAUUUGCAUCAAAUUCUGAUAAUGUGCAUACAUUCCUGCUCUCAACAAUGAGGGAGUAAAAAAGAAAGGCUUCGAGUAGCAAUAGUUCCCUUUACAUUUCGACCUUUCCCACAAUCGUACAACAUCUAUGAUCUUCUUUCAUUAUUUAACCUUCGAUAAUAGAAAAAUACCGUAUAAAAUAAAAUGUCAGAUUUACAAGAUAAAUUUUCUUUAAUUUUAUAAAGAAAAAUUAUUCACUGCAUUAAAAAAGAAAUAUCGAAAAUUAUUAUUUUUCCCUUUUACACUCAUUCUUAUCUCUCAUUGAUUUGGAUUAAAAUAAAAAAUGAAAGUAAUUUUUACAUUAAAAUAAAUAUUUAAAUGAUUAAAAAAUAAUUUUUUCCACGUUAAGUACUUUUAGUAAUUAAAAAACAGAUUAUUAAUUUUUAUUGUAAGGAACUAUUAUCAGAAUUUGAGAAAGUAAAUCAAUUUUGUAAGCCUCUGUCACAUAUCUGAGAAAGGAUUCCCUCGUCGAUUGUAGGUAUUUUAAAAUUUUUAAAUUAAACUUUCUAUACAGUGAGUAAUUUGUUUGGAGUCUAAUACACACGUUUCCAUGGUAACGUGUGCAUAAGACAAGGAUAGGAAUGUUGACUUAUCCAACUGCUGCACAUGCGCAAAAAUAGAGUGAUCUGAUUGGUCCAAAAAUGGCGGGCUUAUUUGAAUUUACUUAUUUUUAAAAACUGUUUAAAUAAUUAUUUAUAUUCUAAAUAUAAAUAAUCUUUUCAUUAUAUUAAUUUAAGAAUAUAAUUUCAUUAAUUGAGAUUGUAAAUAAAUCAUUUUAAAUAAGCAAUAAUUUUGAGCAAUCGAAUUACGCUUGUGUUGCACAGUGGAACAUUCGCAUUCUAACUACUCGUGUAUGUGAAAAACGUUUAAUUUCUCAAUACACUUUUUAUUCCUCUGCUCGUCGCGGAGGUAAUCAGUUUAUAUUAUUACUAAUGGAAAUGGGUUAUUGAACGAUUUCUUCAUGUAUUUCUCAAUACGGCAUUAAUUUAUACAAAUGUAAAGGGAAUCCCUCAAUGGUAUGCUGCUGCACUUUUGUGUUAUUGUUUUUGAUGAUGUGUGACGGAAGUGUUAAUUCAUCGCAUAUAGAAUAUUCAAAUUAUUUUUGUUAAAUUUAAUCGAGCCUUAACCAAACAAAAUUUGAUUUUACUGUCUUGUCGAAUCGCGUAAAAAUGUUGAGUUAAAAAAGUGUACAUUUACUUGCGUAUGAAUGUUGUAAUAAAAGUAAUGCAAAUAUAUAUAUAUAUAUAUAUAUCAA